UUUUCGUGAUUUUUACGAGAAUUUACCCGGAAAACCUCGAAUUCUCAAGGAAUUUAAAUCAAAAAUUGCCUUAAAAUCAAUUUUUCAUAAGAAAUUGUACAAAAAUAUUAAAAAACCGAUAGAUUUCAAGAGAAUUUCAGGUCUUCGUGAAUUUUUGCUGCAUCAUUUUUGACUUUUUUAACGAGUUGUUGUUGUACGAGCGCGGUAAAGAUGAGCCUCAAUGAGUACAAGCUGAGUUGCGAGCUGGCAGGACAUUCUUUGGAUGUAAGAGCUGUCACGGAAGGACCUGACGGGACAAUUAUUUCCGGUUCGCGUGAUAAAACGGCGAAAAUUUGGAAGCCAGAGGGGAAUGGAUUCACAGAAAUUCUCACGAUGAAAGACCAUUCGAACUUUGUGGGAGCGGUUUGUGUUGUAAAUGAUAAGAAUUGGAUCUGUACCGGCAGCAAUGACAGCACAAUUUGCAUCUAUCAGUUCAACACGGUAAAGCCCUUUAUGACGCUCAAAGGUCACACGGGCACCGUUUGUUCGAUCGCCAAUGCCAACAAAGAAGGUCAAAUUCUCUCCGGAAGUUGGGAUAAAACUGCCAAAUUAUGGACCAUCAACGACACCGGCUUCACUUGUGUCACCUUUGAAGGGCACGAAGCGGCGGUUUGGGCAGUUUGCACGUUAAAAUCCGGCAAAUACGCGACGGGAAGUGCCGAUAAAUUCAUCCGUUUGUGGGAUUCGAAGGGACAAAAACUCGUCGUGCUCAAAGGACACACGGAUUGUGUGCGGGGAUUAGCCCCCCUUGCUGACGGAGGACUGCUAAGUUGCUCAAAUGACGGCACAAUUCGACGUUGGAACGAUUCCUGGGAGUGCGUUAAUGAAUUUCACGGACAUAGUAACUACAUUUAUACAAUUUCCAUCAUGGAUGAAGACACUUUUGUGACAGGAGGCGAAGACAGUACAAUCCGAAUGUGGAGCGUUUCGCAGGGAAAAUCGCUUGGAGAUGAGAUUCAAUUGCCCGCACAGAGCGUAUGGACUGUUACUUGCAUGAAAAACUCGGAUAUCGUCGUUGGAACGAGCGACGGAAUGAUUCGCGUUUUCACAAAAACCCCCGAUCGAGUCGCUUCUGAACAAAUUCUCGCUAGUUUUACGCUCGCGGUACAGACAAGAAUUGCUGAAAGUAGCAAAGAGUUAGGAGGAGUGAAAGUUAAUGACUUACCGGGGCCUGAAGCGUUGUUGCAAGACGGCACACAAGAAGCCCAAACGAAGCUCAUAAGACAACCAAACGGGAAAAUUUUGUGUUAUCAAUGGUUGGCGGGCAAAUGGGAGUGUUUGGGAGAUGUUACAGGGGCUUCGGGUGGCUCGCAAAAGACAUCGGGCAAAACGUUGUUCGAAGGGAAGGAAUAUGAUUACGUUUUUACAGUUGAUAUUCAAGAAGGAGCGCCGCCAAUUAAGCUUCCGUAUAAUUUGGGCGAAGAUCCGUGGGUUGUAGCGCAGAAAUUUAUCCACAAACAUGAACUGCCUCAAGUUUAUUUGGAUCAAGUUGCGAAUUUUAUUGUGCAAAAUUCGGAAAGUGUUCCUGUGAUUGGAUCUGGAGGCUACGCUGAUCCCUUUACGGGCGAAGGACGUUACGUGCCAGGAGCAGGAAACGAUUUUCAAGUCACUGCAGCAAAUGCUGAUCCAUUCACAGGCGGUUCGAGUUACACGACGACAACAAAUGGCUCUUCAGCUCCCGUUAUUCCAAUGGAUACAGGAGCAAAUUUCGAUCCGUUCACAGGAACUUCGAGCUAUACUUCGUCAAAUGGCAGAAAAUAUCGCGGCAUCAAACAUUAUCCGAACAAAGAUUAUCAUACACUCGCAACUUAUGACGCUGCCAAAAUUUUACUGAAAUUACAGGAAUUCAACAUUAAAAGCGGCGGCGAACAACAAUUCUCAAAAGAACUCUUGGAAAAUGUCGUCGCAAUCGCUGGAACCACAAACGCUGACGAUAUUACCGACGAAACGGAACGAACUCUCAAAAAAAUGUACAGCUGGCCUCAAGAUUGUCUCUUCCCCGUGCUCGAUGUCAUCCGUUUAGCAAUUCGCACGGAGCAAGUUUGCUCAAAAAUUGUCAAUUUCGAGUUAUUAACGAUCAUCAUUGAGAAUUUAGAAGCUGGAUCUCCCGCCGCAAAUCGUAUCAUGGCAAUUCGUUGUUUGAGCAACAUGAUAACGCAUCGCUGGGGUCGUUGCAUGAUCGAUGCAAAGUUCGAGGGCAUCAUGAACGGGGUGAGAGGCGUCAAAAGUGGCAAUGUCGCCGUGCAAAAUGCCCUUUCCGUGCUCUUUUUGAACCUCUCGAUUGCUCAACUCGAUGUCGCCGUGAGCGAAAAUUGCAAGAAAAUCGCCGAAUGUGUUGUCGAUGCCUUGAUGUGGGUCACGGAAGUUGAUGCGAUUUUCAGAAUGUAUCAAGCCAUCGGAAAUAUGACGGAAACGGCAUACAAGAAAGUCGUUCUCGAGGUUGUCACGUCGAUGGAAAUUGUUGUUGAGAAGAUGAAGGGACAUGCGGAGGGACGAGAUACCGAUAAUUAUGAACGUUUGCGAGAAAUUGCCUCAGAUCUCUAUGAAAUGGUUAAACAAUAAUAAUUAUUAUAUUUAAAUUAGGUAUUCGCUUUUUUAAGAUAUUCGUACUGUUCAGUAAAAAUUAAAUAAAGAACUUUUUCACGAGAAAAUUUUAAAGACAGAAAAUAAAAUUCAAAU